AUGCGCAAGCGAAAGCAAUCAAAAGACGGUGACGUGGAAAUGGGAAACACAACCCGCGCCUUGGGUGAAAACGAUAGCAGCAGCGAAGAUGAGAUGGAUAUAGUGAAUGUUGAAUUCGAGUGGUUCGAUCCACAACCAGCAGUAGAUUUCCACGGCCUCAGAAAUCUGCUCCGCCAGCUACUAGACAACGAUGCGCAACUAUUCGACCUCUCUGAAUUGACCGAUCUGAUACUAUCGCAACCACUGCUAGGCUCGACAGUGAAGGUUGAUGGCAAUGAAGGUGAUCCAUUUGCCUUCCUUACAGUGUUGAAUCUACAGCAGCAUAAGGACGUACCAGUUAUAAAAGACCUAACAAGCUACAUCCAACGAAAAUCCUCCUCCUCUCCCAAACUCUCCCCCUUAGACAACCUCUUAACGCAACCAACACCCCCUGCGAUCGGACUGAUAUUAACAGAACGACUAAUCAACAUACCCGCUGAAGUCGUCCCACCUAUGUACACCAUGCUUCUAGAGGAGAUAGCCUGGGCCCUCGAAGAAAAUGAACCCUACAACUUUACACAUUACCUAAUCUUAUCACGGACUUACGAAGAAGUCAAAUCGAAACUGGACGAGGAGGACGACCGGCCACAAAAGAAGAAGAAGAAAGGCGCAGACGAGAAGAACGAGAUAUUCUAUUUCCACGCGGAGGAUGAGCUGUUGCAGAAACAUGCGUUAUGCUAUGGGGGAUAUGAGUAUACCCGACAACAGGAGGAAGGGGCGUCAGAUUCCAAGCGCGCGUUUCAUGAGUAUGGCGUGCGGCCGCAGGGCCAUUUGGUUUUAAUAGAAGCGGCGAAGUUUGAAGCGGCCGUGAAAGAUUUAAAGGAGUAUCUAAACCCGUCUUCUUGA